ACGGUUUGCAGACAUGAGAGACCAGAGUAGGUGAAGGUCCCAUCCACCUCCAGUGUGAUAUGCGCCUGAAUCUACUCAUCUUUGUAAACAUUACUCCAAUAAUUAUCAUUGACCAGUGGUGCAGUCCGACUGUAUGCACAACGAUGACCCUCACCUUGGUAACGGCUUUUCUCUGGACCUUCAGCAGGAUCUCUGUCUCAGUUUCAGAGUUUCACACGGUGGAGGUCCAGCCUGGUGAAGAGGUCACACUGACAUGCUCCAACUUCACCAGUUUUCCCUCACACAUACACUGGUUCAAACUGGGCAGUGGAUCCAACACCAGCCGCAUCUCCUCUAUGUUCAGCUCUGACAGCCAGGCUUUGCCCUGUGAUGGAUUUCCAAAUGGCAAAUUUAACAUGGAAUCCAACAACACUACUCUUUUUCUCAAAAUCAAACCAGCGAAUUUAUCUGACUCGGGACUGUAUUUCUGUGGAUUUUACGUGGGUGGAAACCCAAUAAUUGCCAGUGCAACAUAUUUAAAGGUUCAAGACCUAAAAUUUAAUACUCUUUUUGUAGGAUUUUCAGACCUGCUGAGUGUGAUCCUGGGUGGUCUAACUACUAUCCUCAUUAUAAUCAUCAUUAGUCUGCUUGUCAAAAUCCAGAAACUUCAUACAGCUUAUGAGGGGAGACAUAAUCCACAGAAUGAGAAUCCAGACUCUGAUGCCCUGCACUAUGCAGCUGUGAGUUUCCAUCCAAAAGCAAACAGCAGCAGAAGGCCUGCAUCAGAGAGAGAGCUGGAGUCACAUGUUGUGUAAGCUGCCACCAGAUAGACUCAGGAAACAACUGGAACUGCAGCUCACAACUGAGGCUUUUUUAUGCCCAUCUGCUUUCGGGGUUAGGAGGAGUUACCAUCAAGGUCAAAACCAUUUAAUA